CAACUUUUAGAUCAUCAAAAUGGGUCUCAUUACCGUCAUCAUGGUCAUGCUAAUGGGCAUGCUAGUGGCAUCAUCACCGUCUGAUCAAACAGAUGUCCUUACUCCUCUUUGCAUCAGUGAAUGCUCCACGUGUCCAACCAUUUGCUCUCCUCCUCCCUCCAAACCGUCUUCUUCCACUUCACCACCUCCAUCUCCUUCAUUGCCGUCAUCCUCUCCGCUACCGCAACCGCCUCCCUCCACGUCGCCACCUCCAUCUCCCUCAUUGCCGUCAUCCUCUACGCCACCUCCUCGCAAACGCUCUCCACCACCACCGUUAAUCACAGUCAUCCAGCCGCCACCACCAAGAUUUUACUAUUUUCAGUCCACACCGCCACCUACACCGCUUUCUUCCGAUGUAAAAGGCUCGCCACCAUCACCUCCGUCGCCAAAGGGACAACAUCAGGGGCAGCAGGAUCCUAACCCAUAUCCUUAUUUCUAUUUCUACACGGCAUCAAAUGCCACUUCUCUCCUUUCUUCUUCUUUCUUGACUUCUCUUUUCUAUUUUCUCUACCUUUUUUGCUUAACUAUUCGUUAGUGUUAACCCCUAUUGUUACGUAUACCAAUAUACUACUAUUCUUUUUACAUUUUUUUUGGUGUAAUAUGUGAUUGUUUUUUUUUCAUCAAAUGCGAU